AUAGUUUCCAGUCAUAAACAAUACCAUACCACCGUGUGCGUUAGCGACAAACUAGGAGCUUCUGAUUCCACUUGAGCUUUGAAUAGACCAAUGUCGGAAAGCAAAUUCCGAAUUCCGUCCGAACCGUCACAAGCCAGUUGAUAAUGCCCCCCCCCUCUGCCAAGUGCGCGUGGGUGAGAAAACCCUAGACCCGUAUCGAUCAGACAUGACAGUUUCGUUAAGUCUGGGAAAAACAACGGCCAUUAUAUCUGGGAUUGAGCCUGGGAAAGUUGCGGACUCGUUUGUUCCGCAUCCGCAAGCCGGGCCGGAUCGGCGUAGUUGUGUGUCCGUCAGCCUCCACUUUUAGCGAUAGACCAGAUGACCAGGGGCUAAAUGAAUUGUCUAAUGGGAGCUCUCUCAUAAACAACUUCUUCAUUAGUCAAAUAAGACCUACCCUAAGCAUCCGGGGGUAUUCAAUCGGAUGUGGCGCCGGCCUUGGAGACUCAGACAGCUCUUCUCCCCACUCAACUGCCGGGGUUAAAGUUGCGGGGUCGCGGGGGUCGCGGGGAUCGCUCUUAGCCAAUCCCCCCAAAACUCCCCCGGAAUCGUUUUCCUCGCUCACUCCGCCCUCGCUCUCUCGUCUUUUUAUCGUUCGAUUAUCAUUCGGCGGGUUCGCUCGAAGGAGGAAGUUGCAAGCAACGAACCUGAAGAGCGGAAAGAGACUGAAGCACGUGUGGACUCAACCAAUCCUCGUCAUUGCUGCGCCGAACAUGGAUUCUCCAGAUUCUGCGAGCUCCCAUGCAGGGGCGGCAGGGCCGGGAGCCAACUCUCCCAGGUCCCAGAGCGGAAUUCCGCCUACUGCCCCCAGGCCGCGGACGACCCGUGGGAAGUACAUCUCCAAAGCCUGUUUCGAAUGCAGGAAAAGAAAGAGCAAAUGCAAUGGGAAGAGCCCCUGUUUACGCUGUUCACGUCAAGCUUUGACUUGCGCUUACCCUGUCUCGAAGAAACCUCGGAAGGAUCAGGGGAGCAGCGCUGAUAACGAAUCACAAGCCCUUCAGACUCUUAGGGAUCAAGUCGCUUCUCUGCAAGGAGGGCUGGACUUGUUGCGUCGGCAAUCUCAGCAACCGUCGGAAUCACAUCCAAGUCCCUUGCAAUCAGAGGUCCGCCUUGGUUUUACGACAGAGUCUUCCAUCCCUCAAACCACCAGUGAACUUGUGGAUCCGGCACUACUGCCGAACCCAGUUGGUGCUGAUGCGGCAUCGUCUGCCGAGGAGAACGACUGCCAGCCAUCAGCUAGCUGUACCUUCAACAUCAGCCUUGCUCGAAACCAUCUUCGCGCACGAGGAAUUGGAGCGUCCGACUUGGACUCCGGUGGGAUGCCUGGGUCCGUCAACCCAACUCGACCUUCUUCUCCCUCCAUCCAGACCGCGUUCGGCUUAGAUGUCGGGGCGAUAGACCCUCUCUGGCUCAUCAACGAGGAGGAGGCCGUGCGCCUAUGCAACGUCUACGAGGAAGAGAUAGGCAUACAGUACCCUUUCCUAGACAUACAACGACUCAUAACACAGGUUCGGGGACUGUAUCAUGCAAUGAGCAGUGGCUCGCGCCUAGGCUUCGCCUUUGCCGCGAUUCCGGGCCCAACCAUCAUUGACCCCCAAGAUCUGAGCCUGGUUAAGAUGGUGUUGUCGGCAGCCUUGACCGUCGAGGCCGGGGGCUCCAGCCAGCUUGGAAAGUCUCUCUUCCUCGAUGUGAGGAAGUCGUCGAACGACAAGCUGUGGGAGGCAGCGAACACCAAGUCUACCAUGUUGUUCAUAUUGCUGGCAGUCUAUAGCUUUAUGACGGGUGAUGAUUUGCAAGCAUGGAGACUCGUGGGCAUCGUUGCCCGGUGGUGUUUGGAGAUGGGUCUUCACCAAUCUGCCACGGUGAACAAGUCUUUCAAGGACGCUGCAAGCCGCAGGAUGGCCAUGAGGUUGUUUUGGUGCGUUUACACGUUAGACCGCCGAUGGGGAUUUGGCGCAGGUCUUCCGUUUGUGAUGCACAAUUUCGAUGUCGACCAGCAGUUGCCCGAACCUGAUCAAGAUGUUCCCUACCUUAGAGCCAUGGUCGAAUACAGUCGCAUAGGCGACAAGGUCUGGGCCACCUCUUACAACUCUGCUCGAGCGACCGGCGCCAUCCGGGAUGACGAAGUCUCAUAUCUCCUCUACAGGAUAGAUCAGUGGUGCGAGGAUCUUCCGUCGGAUCUCCGGCUUCACCCAAGUCAAGGGGUCGCCAGUCCAAAACCGGCGCCCAGGAGCCUGCAGCGACUUCAGCUCCUUCUUCACUUGAGGGCCAACCAGAUGAAGAUCCUCCUCCUUCAACCGUUCCUCCACUCGACAUCCAGCCUCAAGGCCAACAAGUCCAAAGUACAGCUGCUCAUCAACCUCGCAAAAGACACGAUCCAGAAGCUGGACACCCUCAACAAGUCCACGGACAUCUACCAGAACCAGCAGAUGUGCUUCAACCAUUUCCUGGUCUCCGCGCUCGGCGUCAUCUUCCUGGUCGUCGCCCUCGCGCCGGCGGAGCAUGGCUCGUCCGUCCGCGACGAGUUCCACGUCGCCCUGGACCUGAUCCGCGGCCUCAGCGCCAGGUCGUACGUAUCGAGCCGUCUCUGGAGGAGGAUCGGUGACCUGCGGCUUGUCUGGCGGGGGCUGGGGCUGAACGCUCCACGGCCUAGGGAGGCGAGGGAGGCCAGCGCAUCGUGCCACGCCCUUGCGACACCGCCCACGUCGUCCGGCGGCGGCAUCGAUGUCUCGCCGCAGAAUGCGCAAACGGCAGUCGACGCCGACUUGCGCGAUCCGGAGAUGGCUUCGUGGCAAUCGAGCUCGGACGAGCCGUUCAGUGAGGCGCAGAUGGCGCAGGAGUUGAACGACUUUUUCAAUGCGAUGGAUACCGGAGGCGACUUUGCCUCAUCCUUGCCAGCCCUUGGCGUAGGCGAGGAAGUGCUCGAAUCUACCCAGGACUCGCAGGACAGUUUUCUCGUGCCGGAUCUGAACACUUCUGCCAUGAAUGUUUCGCACUUGUUUGUAGAUAUGUUGUGAAUAGCUCGUGGGACCAUACGAUUGGUGCUGACUAUCGUCAUGAACGCUCUGAGAGGCCUCAAAUGACACCGCGAUCCAGAGUUCUCAGCUGCGCAAAUUGAGGCCGCAAAGAAUGAAACUACUUGUUC